CACUUGUUUUAACUGCAGCAUGUCGUCUCAAAGUAUGGUGCACAGUUCCGAGGAAAUUCGCAACAUGAUGCCCUGGAGUUCCUGCUGUGGCUGUUGGACCGCAUGCAUGAAGACCUGUGUUCUGUUUCUCUCAGCCAAAAAGGGAAGGUGCCUGGAAAGCCUCAACCUGGCCCAGAAGAGGGUUCCAGUACUGGGAGCACAAAGGGACAGAGUUUUGUGCAGAACCACUUCCAAGCACAGUAUAGGUCCUCACUGACGUGCCCUCAUUGCCUAAAGCAGAGCAAUACUUUUGAUCCUUUUCUGUGCAUCUCGUUGCCCAUUCCGUUACGUCAGACCAGGCCUUUGAAUGUCACUCUCGUCUUCCAGUCCAAGAGCCAACGGUUCGUCCGUGUGGGGCUGUCUGUGCCUCUUUUCAGCACUGUGGCAAAGUUGAGGGAAAUGGUGGCAGCGGAAGGCAAGAUUUCUCCUAACCAGGUGAUUCUGGCUGAGCUGGGACAGUCAGGGUUCCAGUGCUCCUUCUCAGAUGAUGAGGAUCUGAACACCAUUGCGGAGGGUGACAGCAUUUAUGCUUUCCAGGCUCCACAGUCCUUUAGCAGGGCCAGCAAUUCCCGCAUCUCAGGUUGUCCCAAAAGCCUCCCGUCCUCUCCUAACUCUUCUGAUCCAGAAGCACAAAGCUUGGUCCACAAUGGGGCCAUUUCAACAGAGUUCCUGCAUCAUGGAAGUGGAGGCAGAGUCCUGCUCCUUGUCUGUAAUGUUGCAGGGGCUGGGCAACAGGCAGUGAGGUUUGGUCCUCCGCUACUGAUGCGGGAAGACAGAGCCAUGUCAUGGGAUCAACUGCAGCAAUGCAUCCUGGGCAAAAUGCGCUAUCUGAUGAGAAGGGAGGCUCAAGUACAGGCGGCUGGGAGUCUCUUCCAGGUGCGAGUGGUUGGAGGCUCUGCUCUGUGCAGCUACCUCUCUCCUCAGGACAGCUGGCCUCUCUACCAUCCAGCCGUGGACAGAGCACUACAGCUUGGUGGGCCUGGAGGUCCUGCUCAUGUGAAGCUAGUCAUUGAAUGGGAUGUGAACACUAAAGAGUGCUUAUUUGGCAACAUCCAAGAAGAAGUGGUUGAAGAUGCCGAAAGUGUGAGGCUGAAGCAACAGCUCCAUCAUCAGCAGCACAGCUGUACCCUGGACGAGUGCUUCCAGCUCUACACCAAGGAGGAGCAGCUGGCCCCUGAUGAUGCCUGGCGCUGUCCACAUUGCCAGGUGCUUCAGCAGGGCAUGGUAAAGCUGAGCCUCUGGACACUACCUGACAUCCUCAUCAUUCACCUGAAACGCUUUCGGCAGGUGGGCGAGCAGCGCCACAAGCUCACCACGCUGGUACACUUCCCCUUGCGUGGGCUCGAUAUGGCUCCCCAUGUGGCUAAGCGAAGCCGUGGCAGCAAGUGGGGGCACUGGAAACCACCAACAGCAGAAGGUGCCCAGGUUCACUUCUUGUAUGAUCUCUAUGCCGUCUGCAACCAUCAUGGCAGCAUGCAGGGUGGGCAUUAUACAGCUUACUGCCGCAAUGCUUUGGAUGGUCACUGGUACAGCUAUGAUGACAGCACUGUAGAGCCAGUCUUGGAAGACAACAUCAGUACGCGUAGUGCCUACAUCCUCUUCUACCAGAGACGGAGUGUGGUCCCAAGCUGGUCCGGAGGAAGUUCUGUGAGAGGCUCCGUCAGCUCCUCCGUUUCCGAACACUGGCUAGCACGGCUCAGUGGAAGCAAUAAGCGAGAGAGCUUGGUGUCCCGCAGUUCUGCGACAUGCCCAUCUCUGCCAAAAAUGCCUGACUCACCCACGCUCACCAGUACCAGCAUCAGCCAAGAGAAAGGUGGCUUUGAGUCACGUCCUCUCGUGCGAGGUGUCCAAGGCAGAAGUGUCAGCCUGAAAGCUUCCCCCAAUAAAGCCAAGUUGGGAGUUCCCAAGCCCCUGCCGUUGCGAUGGUCCUUCAACUCCAAGGAAUGGCCAGCGGAGUCUUCAGGGGAACUUGUCGAAUACCUGGAGUCUGGCCGCAGACCACGGUUCACCCAUGAGUCUAUUGUCCCUCUCAUGACUAAAGAAGGGGAGGACAAUGGGUCUUCACUCACCAAAGCCAAACUGAACCCUGUGUUAACAAGUCUAGGGACCAGUGAGAACACUGGGAAAGCACCCACUCUCCUGGAAAACUCCAACACCCUGAAAAGGUCAGUGAAGCCAAAGGAAGACGUAAGUGAGCAGCCACGGACACCCAAGAAGCUGGCACUUUCACUCAGUACAGUGCCUCCAAUAAAAGAUGGAGAACCUAAGAGCAAAGCAAACAUCAAUGGGACCUUACGUUCUGGGACAAGCCUGCCCUUCUCUGGCUACCAGACCAAGAGUAGAGGGACUCAGGACCAAAAGGCUAUGCCCUGCGUUGGAGAGAAGGAUCCCGACAAUGAGAGGCAGCCAGAAGGGAAGUUGGCCCUCUUCAGAGCAGGCUUCCUGCGGAGGGACCCCAAGAGGCACAGUGAGUCUGACAGGCAUGGCAUCCUAGCACCAGCCAUGGCCUCCUCCCGGGCAUCUCUCUCCAACGGGACAUUGAGCGCUGUCAGUGGCAGCAAGGCACUGGGCUGCAGCCCUGUAGAGGGGCUCCCUAAUGGGAGGAUCUGCCGCUCUGAAUUGGACAUCAAGAGGGCUCAGAGCUCCUGCAGUAACAAGGGAAGGAACGACUGGCUACUGAGCAGGUCCACCUCCCUCUGGAAGGCAAACAACAGUGUCUUCCUGCAGGGUUGUACACCACCACUGACUCUAGAGGGGGUUUCUUGUGGCACCUUCCAGCGAGCAAGGUAUCACACAGCAUCUCUGGGCAGGAGAGUCACUGUACCAGAGUCCAGCUUCUAAACUAGCCUGAUGUUCCACCUGGAAAUACCAAAAGAAUGCAAAACCUUGGUGCUUGUAAGACCUCGGGGCCUUUGGAGAACCUCUGUGGCUUGCCAGAAGUCUUGGCCAGUGGCUGCUUUACAAAAAGGGGUUUAGUCAGGCAUCAUCCAAACGAAGAAGCACUGAAUGAUGACACUGCCUUGUUUGGGAACAAAGAAGCAACAGGGAUCUGGUGGACCCUGGGGUUAGAAUGGGAAAGGGGGUGGGGAAGGUUGGGAGAGUGUUAGAAUUAAAAUAUUUAUUCUAGAGUGGGAUAUAGUUUAACUGACACGGAUGAGAAGAAGUGCUGUUUUGUUAAUGGCUGUUUUGUACCAGGCUAUGGUGAUGCAGAUAAUAGGGGAGAAUCACAUUGCUCUAUGCAAUAAUCCCAACUUUUUAUAUUUUCAGCUGACAUGUGGGUUUUACAGGUCUAUUUGUUAUUAAAAAACAUCUCAAAUAAAUGCUGUGCCUUGAUAGUUUAUGGAAUUAUGGGUGGAAACCAAGGUGGACCGAAGAGUGAAUCCCCUGUUGAUUUAGAGAUUGUCUGUACAUUG